CUCGUGAUUUUCUUGAUCUUCGCGAGGUCGAAUCGGAAUGUGUUGAUUUGAUUAUCGAGCUUCUACGCAUCUGCGAGGAUGAGAAUUUGCAUUACAACGAAGUAAUUUGCAGAAAAAAAAUCGUUUCAAAUUCAAAAAUAUUCUACCAUUAUGUUAACUUAAGUGCCGGUGAAGUGGGCUUUCGAUUGAUACAUAAGAACGCGGGUUCGACAUUCUCGGUGAGUUCGAAUCGCUCCACCGGAUCGGGGAAACCAUCCCCAGUCGAUUCCCAGCGAAGACAAAAUGACCAGCUUGGUGCAAACGUUGUUGAUACAGAGAAGCCAUCUGCUAGCAGCCGUAUGUCACCGGAGUAUCCAUCAGGCUGUGUCCCAUUACGGUUCUUCCGGGCCUCCGAAGCUGUCCCCAUAUGAUGUCAAUUGUAUACUCCGAGCCAACGAACACACGCAGGAUUUUGUGGGAGGAUCGGUCAAGUGUUAUGAUUCAAAUCAGUUGGCAUCGAACUCGCCCAUCGAGGACUCCCGCACGGAGGGGACAUGCGUGCAUACUUCGGGACUGUUGGUAGGGAUCUUCGACGGCCAUGGCGGUGCGGCUUGUUCGCAGGUGAUAAGCAAGCGUCUGAUGAGGUACAUUGCUGCUUCGUUGGUUCCACCGGAUGAUUUGAAGGUGCACAUCCAAAACGGGGCACAAAGUCAUUCAUUUAUCAACUGCCAUAAUGAUAAGUUGGAAUUCGUCAGCGAAAUUAAGGAUAUUUACGAACGGAGUUUCAACUUGUUUGCGAACGAACUGCUGAAUACGACGCUGGCCGGAUUCCAGAUGCAUCAGGUGCUGGAGAAUGCAUUCUUGCGAUUGGAUCAAGAUCUGUCGAAGGAAGCCAUUGAGCAUCCCAGUCUGAGGACGAUGUCGGUGGCCAUGAGCGGGGCGGUGGCUUUGGUGGCGCACAUUGAUGGGCCGCACUUGCACAUUGCAUCCGUUGGGGAUUGCAGUGCAGUGUUAGGUACAGUGACUGAUACAGGUCAAUGGAUCGUCAAGAAGCUCUCCACCGAGCACAACAGCGACAAUGUCGCCGAAGUCCGCCGCCUACUGAACGAGCAUCCGGCCACCGAGCGGGACACGGUAAUUCGUGGCGAACGGCUCCUCGGCCAGCUGGCCCCGCUCCGGGCCAUGGGAGACUUCCGCUACAAAUGGUCCCGGGAGCAGCUGGAGCAGUUGGUGGUUCCCCAAUUCGGCGAGCAAGUCAUCGCCCCGUACUAUCUCACCCCGCCUUAUCUGAGCGCAUGUCCGGAAAUUACCCACCACAUCCUUACGCCGCGCGACAAGUUCCUAAUACUAGCCAGCGACGGCCUGUGGGACACGAUGAGUCCCAUGCAAACAGUCCACCUGGUGGGAGAGCACAUGCACGGGAAGGCCUUCUUGCAGCCAUUGAAACUGCCCAAACACGAAGUGUCGCUCGGCGAGAUCAGCCAGAUGCUGAGCACCCGCAAGGCAGGCCUGCAGAAGAAACCGCUGGACCGGAACGCAGCUACCCAUCUGAUUCGAAACUCGCUCGGCGGUACCGAGUACGGCGUGGAACACUCGAAACUGUCGCAUAUGCUGUCCCUACCGCAGGAUAUUGUCCGGUUGUUCCGGGACGACAUCACCAUCACAGUGGUGUACUUCGAUUCGGAGUACCUGCGGAAUUGCCCCACCUAGCAGCAAGUGCCCCGGUUGCGAUGUACCAGCGGAUGACCGGUCGGCUGCGGUCGCAUUUAGUCAAUAGUCAAACGUGUGUCGAAUCGGCGGGCUCAGAUCCGCGCAGGAUGCUGGGCAGUUGUACAAUAGAUUAAUUUUAGGUAGCAUAACAAUACCAUUGACAGACCUUUCAAUAGUGUUUUCAGAUCUGUAUCUCAAAUGUUUUGAACUUUUGUUUUGUUUUAUUAUCCGGUAUCGAAACUAUUUACCUAGAUAUGUGCUGAAAUAACGAUUGACGAAAAUAAACAUCGCUGCAGAUUGAUAUUUUAUUGAACGAG